AUGAGCAGCGGCAGCAGCAACACGACCGCGCUCUGGCUCGCGCACGAGCACGCGGCCACCGAGGCCAUGGCGCUGCGCAGCGCGCUCGUCGUCUUUGGCGUGCUCGCCACGCUCUUUGUCUUUGUCGCUGUCCAGCGACGACGCCUCGACGCCACGGAUGCGCUCAAGUAUGCCAACGCGGUCCGCAAGGCGCAGUUCGAGCGCGUCUCGAACGUCAUGAAGAAGCACCAGAAGCCGUCCACGCCCGAGGUCGAGCUCGCGCCGCUCAUGGACGAGUACGCACUGCUGCAUGACGAUGCGCUCGAGUAG